AUGGAGUCGAUACCCAAUCAACAACCAGCGGGACGAGACUCCAGCUCUUCCCCCAGCUCCAAGCAGGACGUUCAGCCCUUCUCCAGCCCCAUCUCCCUGAAGCCUAACCAAGUCAGCGAGACCGCGUUAUAUGGAGUGCACAUCGUGUCUUUGGUCAUAGAUGGCCAGGAAAGACUUUGCUUGGCGCAGAUAUCCAACACAUUGCUAAAGAACUACAGUUACAACGAAAUCCAUAACCGACGCGUUGCUCUUGGAAUCACCUGCGUCCAGUGCACGCCCGUCCAGCUCGAGAUACUGAGGCGCGCUGGCGCCAUGCCAAUCUCCUCGCGGCGCUGCGGUAUGAUCACCAAGCGGGAGGCGGAGAGGCUAUGUAAAUCAUUCCUCGGUGCUCACAACCCACCGAAGCUACCGGAAAAUUUCGCUUUUGAUGUCUCUCAUGAAUGCGCUUGGGGAAGCAGAGGUAGCUUCAUACCUGCAAGGUAUAACAGCUCGAGGGCCAAGUGCAUUAAAUGCACAUAUUGUAACAUGUAUUUUUCCCCGAAUAAAUUCAUAUUCCACUCCCAUCGCACUCCCGAGUCCAAGUAUACACAGCCAGACGCAGCAAACUUCAAUUCGUGGAGGCGCCAUCUCAAACUGACAGACAAAAGCUCGUCGGAUGAUGUUGCCCACGCGUGGGAGGAUGUUAAAGCGAUGUUCAACGGGGGAAGUCGUAAGAGGACGCUACCUAUGAGUGGGUCAUCCAUGUCCUCUCCUUUGAAGUCACAUUCCACCAGUAACCCAACCCAAAGAAGUUCCCCCGAGGUACCCCAUAAAACGUUGCGCUGUGACGAAGACCGAGGUAGGCCUAACAUCAGUCUGUCAAAUGGCGUCCGGAACUACCCGGUUAUCCCUGUGCCCAGCAAGAGCUUUGGGAUGCUUCAAAAGAUCCAGCCACCUCUCUUUCCCCACCCGUAUGGAUUCCCUGCGUUUGGACUGUGUCAAAAGAAGGACGACGGAGUGGGAGAGACAAAUAAAACCAACGUUUCGGGUGUCUUUUGGCCAGGAGCAAAGGACAGUAUCUAUCCCUCUUUCCCGAUGUUUUGGCCUACUGCAGGUGGCCUACCGAUGCCACCGUAUCAACAGUCACCACCCAAACCACCCACAGAGCUCUUAAGUGUCCGACAGAGUGAUCUCGAGUUAUCGGAUCAAAGUGACCGGUGCGCAAACACACCUAAGGAUAGCUUUCACGACAGCGAACGGUGCUCCAGCUCACAAUCCACCCGGAACGACGAGGAUAAAUCCGGGGAUGAGGCCCGGUCGACGGAAGGACUCCCCACAACUCCACGGAAGAUAAAUUACAUCUCUGCGUUCAGACCUGUGGUGAAAGACGCCGAAAGCAUUGCAAAGCUAUACGGCAACAGGGACACGUACAGCGGUGUGCGCUCUGGUUACCUAUCGCCAGAUUUCGUGAGUGAAAGUUCUAGCUAUAGGUCUAUGUCCCCGGAUGUGGAUAGCGUGGACGACCCAGACGUUGACGUGGAGUCAAACAGGGCACAAGAGGAUGAAGAGUCAGUCCAACUGUCAGUGGAGGACCGUCAGAGUCCCCCGCCCCUCAACUCAGCCCAUUCCGGGCCGGAAGAUAGUCAAGAGCUGGGGACAAGUCCAGGACCACACCCGGAAGAUCCCCACUCCGGGUCCUCUGAUGACGAGAGGCACGGUGGACAGGUGUCAGAGCGCCAUGAUACACCGGUGUACGAAGUAAGCGAUGGGGCAUUACGUCAGCAUGACGUCAGUAGGAUCCACGAAAAAGAUAUCGAAAACAUGGCUAAAGAGGAACUUCAGAAACAGCUUGUCGAACAAGUGGAGCUCAGAAAAAAGUUGGAACGCGAAUUUCAAAGUUUAAAAGAUAAUUUUCAGGACCAAAUGAAGAGGGAACUGUCCUACAGAGAAGAGAUGGUCCAACAGCUUCAUAUUGUCCGAGACACUUUGUGCAGCGAGUUGGAUCAAGAAAGAAAGGCGCGUUAUGCAAUACAACAGAAGCUAAAAGAAGCUCAUGACGCCCUGCACCAUUUCUCCUGCAAGAUGCUGACCCCUCGCCACUGUACUGGAGCCUGUACUUUCAAACCCCCUCUGCUGCCUCCAUAA